GGCGCUGGCGGGCUAAUAGCCUCCUGGCCUCUGUGCGGAUUGGCCAAUCAGGCGACGGGGGCGGAGCAGGGCAGGGCUGUGGCCGUAGCUGCCUCGGGGACUCGAGCGAAGCGGAGCCAUGACGCGGGGCAACCAGCGCGAACUGGCGCGCAGCAAGAACAUGAAGAAGAACGCUGACAAGGGCAAGCGCCGCGACGACGGCCUCUCCGCCGCCGCCCGCAAGCAACGAGAUUCAGAAAUCAUGCAGCAGAAGCAGAAGGCUGCCAAGGAGAAGAAGGAAGAGCCUCAGCAGCAGCAGCCAAAGUAGGCAAGAGCCCUGAGGGGGCCUGCCCAGGUGGUGGCUCCCUUUCCUUUUCCCUCAACCGCUCACACUCCUGCUUAUAGCCACAGUGGCAUUAUGGGGGCCACCAGACCACCUCCUGCUGAGGCUGGAGAAGAAAGGAGGAACCCCAGCCUGGUGGGAGCUGGCAAAUGCUAGAAUCAAGAUACUUCAUUAAAGUAGUUUUACCCA